GCAAGCAUGGUAGUGUUUUGCUUUCUGGUGGAUCAGACGAAGAAAGUGCGGGGCAGCAAGCCGGCGGCCGGAAUAUGCUCGAGGUGCGGCGGCGGAGCUAGCGUAGCCGAUAUGAAAACCGCCACCAGAUUUUGUUACGUGCCGUUUUACUGGAAGUCUUGGAAAGCCAUCAUAUGUACUUUCUGCGGAGCAGUACUUCGAUCUUAUUCAUAAUUUUUCAUCGCUUCGCCUACACCCCAGCCUGCUUCUUAAUCUAUUACGAUCAAAUUCUAAGUAAUUAGUAUUAAUUCUCAGACUCUUUUGUAUUAUUCAGUUUGCAGAUUUUCUGUGUAUAAAUUAUACAUAUCUAGCCUCUUUCCAUGAAGGAGUACAUGAUUAUGAGUUGUUCUACCAUAUCAAACGAAUGAUUAUGAGCAGUACUGCGUUUCUGGCUCAUGAUUUUAAGAUU